AUGUGCGUAGACUUCACAGACUUGAACAAAGCCUGCCCAAAGGACUCAUUCCCGUUGCCCCACAUCGACCAACUCAUCGAUGCAACUGUCGGGCACGAGCUAUUAAGUUUCCUAGAUGCCUACUCGGGCUACAACCAGAUCCUGAUGGAGGAGGAAGACCAGGAAAAGACCACCUUCAUCACCCAACAAGGGACGUACUGCUAUAGGGUCAUGCCGUUCGGGUUGAAAAAUGCAGGAGCGACGUAUCAGAGGUUGGUGACGAAAAUGUUCAAAGACCAACUUGGUAAAACAAUGGAAGUUUACAUCGACGACAUAUUGGUCAAGUCGAAAAGGAAGGAAGACCACCUAAGAGAAGCCUUCGACAUACUUAGGCGAUACGGAAUGAAGCUAAACCCCGAGAAAUGUGCCUUUGGAGUGACCUCGGGAAAAUUCCUCGAUUUUUUAGUGUCACAACGGGGAAUAGAAGUUAAUCCCGACCAAAUCAAAGGUAUCGAGGGGAUACCGGAGAGCCUGACUAGUAAGAAAUAG